AUGGAUUUGAAUUUGUUUUUCAUUUUUGAAAGUUUGGGUUAUGUAGAGAGUUUCAGUCUCAUUGAUGUGAGAUUAGCCCUCGGUAUUGGAUGCUGUGCCAUCAGCGGCGCCACUUUCUAUUUGGAUAAACAUUCCGAGUUCAAAGAAUCCAUCAAUUUGGUGGCUGCUGCCAUAGUACUCUACUCAAUUCUUGCCUCUGUUUUAUGGGGCUGGUCUAAAUUCGUGGAAAAAAACAUCAAGUUUGUGGGCUACAAGAAAUCCCAGAAACUCAUAUUUAAAUCCAGUGCGAACAAGACUGACAAUUUGUACAGCUACGAAAUCAAAAUUGGUGACAACGAACCGAUAAUUGGGAGCAUUGAAUACAACAAAGUUUUCAAUGAAAAUGGAUUUUUAGAUUUUGAAGAAUUCAAAGGGUAUCUCACAAAAGAAGUUGAGAAGAUUGACAAAAAGAAACAAUGA